CCCCGACCCCUCCCUCCACUGCCUCCCCCUCCUCUCCCUCUCCCUCCUCAACCUCACCGGACCCCUUCCCGAACUCCCAGGAGUCGGCGUCACAUGAGCUCCGACAAGUUCCGGCGGUUCCUUCGCUUAUCCAAUGUCAGCCUUCUCUCUCCUCCACUCUUCUCUCCUCAAACCCUCGUCUAUUCUCUACUCCCACUCAUUCAAGCUGUUCUCAUCCUCUUCUCUCGGCGGAAAACCAUCAAAGAAAUCAAAGUACCAACAGCCUAUAGCCGCCGUGCUCGAAGUAGGCGGCGUCAAGAUCGCUAAAGAUGAUGUGGUGAGGGAGAGCGAUCCUACGAACAAUGUUCCGGAUUCGAUUUUCGGGAAGUUGGGGAUGCAGCUGCAUAGGAGGGAGGAUCAACCGCUUGGGAUUUUGAAGGAUGCGAUUUAUGGAUACUUUGAUGCGAAUUUUGGGGGAAAGAGUUAUAAUGAUACGUAUUAUGUUGAUUCCCAACAUGUCUUGAGGUGCCAUACAAGUGCUCACCAGGCAGAAUUAUUAAGGAAGGGCCAUACUCAUUUUCUCGUAACUGGAGAUGUCUAUCGUAGGGAUUCAAUUGAUUCAACUCACUAUCCUGUAUUCCAUCAGGUGAGGUGGAAAUGCGCUGGGUUGACACUUACUUUCCAUUCACUAAUCCAUCAUUUGAAUUGGAGAUUUAUUUUAAGGAACCGAACCAUUCGGGUUCCUGAUAUUUCCUGAUAUUUCUUGUUUGCUUGUGUCCUUAUGUUACACUCAGGGUGAUGAGGAAGAAGAUGAAGGAGAAGAAGAGGGCUUGAGUAAAUGUAUAGGGAAGGAGUUGAAAAAGCUUCUGUAGUGUCAUAGCCAUUGUAAUUAAUUUAUGUUAAAGUUUGUAAACAAUUUAUGUAUCUCUCUACUAUUUUGGUGAAUGUAUUAUUUGAAUAUAA